AUGGGAUUAUUCUUCCCUCUGGCCGUCGCGUUUGUGGCGCCCCUCUUGGCGUCUCUCGUGCCCAAGUUCAUCUAUCGCCAGGGCCUGAGCGCCAAGGCCAACCACAUCAUGCUGGGCAUCUCGGCCGGUCUCCUCUUCGCCAUCGCCACCCUGGACCUCGUGCCCGAGGCCUUCUCCAUGACGGCCCAGGCCUCCUUCUCUGCCCCCGGCCAUGACCACGGAAGCGAGCACGGCGGCGAAGGCGACCACGGCCACGACCACGGCGACGAGGAACAUCCGAGCCGAAUCGCGAUGAUCGGGGUGGGUGCGGGCUACCUGGUGCUGCUCAUCGUGGAGCAGAUUCUUACCAACUCCGGACAUUCACACUCGCACGGCACGCCGCUGCAGAUCAACGAUCUCGACGUGCGCCGCGAAUUGGAGGAAACACACGCGCACUCGCACGGCGACCGGCACGGAGGCGACAGCGGAGGAUCGCUGUCCGAGUCCUUCUCCACGGUGGCCCUAGUCGCCCUCGCCCUCCACUGUCUCGUCGACGGAUUUGUGAUGGCCGGAGCCUAUGAGGCGUCGGCGGAGGUCGGAGCACGAGUGGCGCUGGCGCUGAUCGUUCACAAGAUCCCGGACGGGUUCGUCCUGUCGGCCGUCCUUUCCGCCUCGCGAAGCAACGCUUCGUUCUUCUCCACCGUCGCUUUCCUCGCCGCCAUGACCCCGCUAGGAGGGCUGCUGGGGUACGUGUUGAUGGGCGGCAUCUCUCCGCAGGUCCUCGGUUUCGUGCUCGGGUUUGGGGCUGGGACUUUUCUUUUCAUCACCGCCACGGGAAUCAUUCCGGAAAUCAUGAGCAAGGAAACACCCCGAGGGAUUCGGAACUGGUCGCUCAUCUCGAUGGUGGCCGCCUACGCCGGCUUCUUUCUCUUCGACUCCUUCUUCCACGCCCACUGA